AUGGGUGCUGCGGAUUCGAAGCUCUCCUUCAAAAAGGGCGUUUUUCGCCUAGCCGAGGAGAAGGGCAUUCCAGUUGAUGACCCUUACUGGCGUCAGUUCUGGGAGCUGCCAGAGGCUUCCGAAGAUGUCUUUACGCUAUUCUCGUCGGCCGACAUUCGACGGACCAGGGAUAGCUCCCUCGAUAAUCUGGAGACCCUCAUAACCGCUCUCACCUCAAGAUUAUUCCACUUGCGACACCACCCAGCGUUCCCGGAUCCCGAUGCUGCUCCCGAGAAGGAAGCCCUCAACUGUAUCCGUGUCCUCACCCGUCUACUCCCCUAUCUUUACGAAAAUGAGGCCCUGGAAGCUUGGGAGGAGAAAUUCUUUUGGUCGCCCAGGAGGAAGAAGACCAGAAGGGUUAGCGAAGUUAUAUUCGAUGAAUCCAAUCCGAACCCAACCCCGGAACCUCCUAAGGUGGAAACGGUCAAGCCGCUUGCCGAAGAACUCAUAGAUACCCUGCUGGACAUGCUCUUCUUUGCUGGAUUUACCGUUCCGGUUACCCCGGUCGCCGGGAAGACCAAGGUCACUUAUGCGAUCUGGCAGAGCGGCGUAGGAUGUAACACAUCGAUGGCAACAACAAGAGAAAGCGAGUCGAACCGUAUUGAGAUUCUGCGCCUCUUGAUAUCCAUUACUAGCAAGGCGAUGUACAUUCCCUCUAACUUCCUACCAGUCAAGGGUACUAGAGGCCUUACAUACCUUGUCACAAAUCCCGAUAAGAAAGUCGUCCUUUCCGUCCUAUGCUCCUUGUUGAAUACCACUCUCAAAUACAAUGCUGCAUCAUGGAGGCUGCCCUACGACCAUGUAGUCUUCUCAGACUCUAGACAGGUCCUAGUCACAUACUCUUUACAUAUGCUGCUAAUCCUCUUAUUAUACCCCAUCCCGGAAGGAAAGCAGGGCGACCCUCCUCUGAAGAACAACUUCAGACACUACCUAGGCAGGCUCCACAGAACCCAGGACUUCCAGUUCCUCGUUGACGGAAUGACCCGUGUUCUAAAUCAACCCAUCCAAGCAAGCUCAUCAUACCUCCCAGGCUCUCAAAAGUCCCUAAAAUGGGCUCCCGAAACUAUCAUGCUCUUCUGGGAGUCUCUGCAGUGUAACAAACGAUUCCGAGCCUUUCUCAUAGAAACAGAUAGGUCUCUCGAUUUCGUUGUGUUACUAAUAUAUUACGCUCUAGAGUAUCGCACCGACGCUUCAAAGUCUGGUGUAGUACGCAUGUGUGUGUUUGUAUUGCAGACUCUCUCGUCGGAGCCGAAGUUUGGGAAGAGCCUGAAUAAGAAGUUCGAGAACCAGAAUUUGCUCCCGCCCAGUGUUAGAAUAGCUGGGUUUUCAGGUUCAUAUGCGGAAUAUGUUAUCAUUUCGAUAUACAACCUGAUAACGAGCAGCAAAGGAAAGUUCGGAGCGAUAUACCCGGCAUUACUGGCCAUUAUCAGCAAUGUUGCCCCGUACGUCCAGAACUUGUCGUCCGCCGCGAGCGGGAAAUUGGUACAGCUAUUCACAUCGAUGAGCUCGCCUUCUUUCCUGCUAGCCAACGAAUCGAAUCAUACCCUUCUACAUUCUUUGCUCGAGGCUAUGAAUAGCAUUAUCGAACACCAGUACUCAUCAAACCCAUCGUUCGUCUACGCAAUCCUCCGCUCCCAUAAGCGCUUCGAAAAUCUACGAUCUUUUACCCUAGAGAGUGGUCGUGAAGAAAUUGAGAAGCAACGAAGGAUGCAAAAGGACAAUGCUAGUGAUAUCAUGCAACCCGAGUCACCUAUCAUACCCCGAACAAACACCAUGCAGCCUCCUGAUACGCCUGGUCUCCCCGCUGACCCUGAAACAUUCCAAAUUGGGGAUUCCGACGAUUCCGAUGAUGACACAACCAGCACGCAACGAAGAUCGUCAGCAGUAAUGACACCUACUUCAACGGCCUUCGAAUCCUCACGUGGAAAUUCUAUUGAUGAUGCAGUUCCGAUCCAGCUGAGAGGCAUGAGUGAGAAGGCUAGAGGCAAGCUCCCAGUCGGACAGCUGUCGAGGCAGAACAGCGUUAUCAGUAUCGGGAGCCAGAACGGUGUGGCGUAUAAUGCUGCUGGAGAGUUUGCACCUAGUCCGGAAUGGAUCGAAACAUGGUUGCCUCUUCUUCCCUUGCAUACGAUCCUUACAGUCAUACAAGAACUAUCACCGCAACUACGUGCCGUUUUGUCGAAACACUCUCGCCAGAACUCUGUCACGAGCCCGACAACGACCACUCCACAGUCACCUCUCCAUCCUCCACCUACUCCUCAAAUUGCCGAAACUAAUGUUUCAAUGUUGGAGCGUAUUCGGACGACUGAAAUUCCUGGUGUUGAACCGAGCCCGAUCAAGUGCUACACUUUUGAGUGGAGCUCCAUGGCACUAGGCUGGUAUGAAAGUCUAAUGUGGGGUUUCAUAUUUGUUAGUGAGAUGCAAGUUGGAAAGGGGACGGUUGGGGUAUGGAAUGGAACUAUUGUUAGGUUGUUCAAGGUCCAAGAAACAGCACCGGAAGGACCGAGUUUGAGGGCGCCAAAGGGCGCUGUAGAUGCGGUUGCAACGACGCUGAUGGAUAGACUGAGUCAUGUUAAUCUUUCGGCUUUGAGUGGCGGGGCAGGCGCACAAGCUGCUGCCGCUGCUAAUUCUGGGUCUGCAGCUUCAGCAGCCGGGCCCCAGCAGGGCAGGCGAAGUAGUGGAGCUGCCGAGGGCAAUGUGCGAUCCGCUAUUAUCUAA